AUGAGCAUUUUCAGCUGGAAUUGCCAGGGUUUGGGGCGUACUCAAGACCUGACAAUCCAGAGACUCCAGGAGAUUCGGCGUACGUAUCUUCCGGAGAUCAUGUUCUUGAUGGAGACUAAGAAGUGCAGGGAUAUUUUGGUGGAUUUACAGCAGUGGUUAGGUUAUGAUAGGGUGUUUACGGUGGAGCCUAGAGGCUUGAGUGGUGGCUUGGCAGUAUUUUGGAAAAACGAGAUCAAGUUGGACUUCAAAUUUGCGGAUAAGAAUCUCAUUGACAUGCAGGUUCAGUUUGGAGAACCUUCCACUUUCUCCACGCCUCCGUUCGGUUUUCAAGAAAUCGAAGAUCCCCCGAAGCUCUCUACCAAGCUCACCAGGGCUCUAUACCGCAAGUUGCAACAGAGUCCCUGUACCUGGGUGGCCUACACCACUUCUCGAAUAAGUGCAGCCAGAUUCCCAGAUACCUACAACGCCUCUUUCCAAGAUCCCAUUCCUGCUGAGAACCUUGAGAUUUCGGCAGGCGAUUCGGUUGUAUCGAUCUCAACUGGUGCUAGUGCUUCGGGAACUGAAAAGUCUCAGCCAGGUGACAUGACUCUGCGACCGUCAUUCCGUUCUAGGGGUAACCCCUCUAAAGCUGCCAGUGCUUCUCGUGGAAGCGACAGGAACCAAGGAGGAUCGUUCCUUAUCUCAAUGAAGGAAGUUUUGGACGACGGAGGAUCCAAACCUGUUGUCGAGACUACUCCAACUGAGGUUGUAGCUCAGGAUGCUGCUCCUCUCCCUGAGGUCCAGGUGCCGGAGGCUGACUACCAGGCUCCGAAGGGUACCUCUGAGAUCGAGCCGUCGAGACACAAGAGGCCCAGGAUCGAUCAGGGCGGAGCUUCCAUCCGUUCUUCUUCCUCGUCCUCUAGAGGAGGGACUGUUGGGUGGAGCUUUACCCAUUCGAAGCCUGGGUCGAUCCUGGAUGACUCUUGGGGCCUAGCUGCGAUAAUGAGGCACCUGAAGAGCGUGGGAUGUCCCCUUCCAGCGCUCAAGGACCUGACUAACCGAGAUGAGUAUCUCGAUAUUGCCCACUGUAUGGGUCAGUUGGCUGGGGCUGUUAACAGGGCCCAGCUCAGGUUUGAGAAUGCUCUGUGUGCUGCCCCCAAUGCUGGUGAACUUGCUGAGGUUACCGAGAUGGUUAAGGCAGCCAAAACCGAUCUUGACCAAGCCCGGGUUCGAAUUUCUGAACUCGAAGCCGAAGUGACGAGGCUAGGCUCGAAGGCCGAUGCUCAGCAAGGAGAGAUCGAGAGUCAAAAGCUCGAUAUCCAGGUGAAGAGCAGGAGGAUCAAUGAUUUAGAGGCUGCUCGAAAGAUAGCUGAGCAUCAAGUACGUGAGCUCAUUGCCUCAUCCCGGGAUAGCCAGAAGAACAAGGAAGCUGAAGUCAAGCUGGCUGUCAGGGAAGGGAAGAAAGAAGUCGCCGAAGCUUACGGCAAGAUCCUGGUCUGUGUUAAGGAGAAGUUUGCUAGGAAGAAAGAUGAGGUCGACGCUUUGGUGUACGCUCAGGAGCUCCAAGCUAAUGCCGACCUCUUGAAGGAUAUGCUGAACAACAAGAUCCAAAGCGUUGAAGAGGAGUACAACCAAUUGGUGGCCUUAUUACCAGAAGCGACAACUGCGUAUGAGAAGGCUCAAGUCUCUGACUUCUCGGUCAGCAAGCUUCCUCUUCCCCAGAUCUCGGAGAGUUCAGGUACUUUCGAGAUUAACAUGUUUAAUCCAUCCUUUUCUGGGGAGUAUGGCUCUAAUUUGGGUUUGAUGGCUCCUGACUUAGCUCCAGUCGAGGCAGCAAUAGGAGGUGACGGCAAUGUGGUCGAUGAGGGAGUUCCUGCCGGUGCUGGUGAUCCGAUUCAGGAAGAGAAGGAAGAUUGAGAGCUACGGCUCUUUUAACUUUAUGUUUUGUGUUUUUAAGACUUCGGCCUAAGGGCUUUGUUUCGUUAUGUUUUGUGACUUAGUGCCUGAGGAGGCCUUUAAACCUUAACGCUUGCUGGAUUUCAAUAGCCUGGGGAGGUUUUUAAACCCUUUCUUAUGUUUAAAUCGUGGCUAUUAUUUCUGUUUUAAGUUUUUGAACUUAACCUCGUUUCAUUUAAUCAUAGUGAUUGCGAAUCUCAGAUGAGUUGUGUGCCGUCAUCGUUGAGUCGGAUUAGGACCUUUAGUCUUUAUUUAUGAUAAGCAUUUAGCUUAAUGGAUAUUCGGUCGUGAUAACCUUAAAGAGAAGUUCUUGAUUUUAGCUCGGGGACCUGAGUCCGAUUCGAAAGGUUCUGGGACCUGGUUGUUCAGGUUCGUAGGAACCUGGAUUUAGAUUUAUAGGGACCUGAGUUAAUUCGAAGGACUUCGAGGCCUUUGAAGUUUAACGGAUGGAAUUGAGGAAUUUCGGGAUUUUCCUGAUUCUUUAGGAUUUUAAGACCUUUCGA